AAUAAUUAAUAACAAAAUUCAAUCCAUAUCACAUAACUCCUAGAAAAAGUUUUGGUUUUCUUUUUAUAAAUAAAAAUUUUUAUUAGUAAAAUAAUAUGUAAUAGCAAAAUGAUUCCCUACAAAAAUAUUAUCUUUGCAAUAGUCUUUUUAUUUUGUAUUGGUUAUGGUACCUGUUCAAAUGGUGAUCGAACGCAAUUCUUUCGAAAUUGCCGACAAAACUGUGAACGAAACAAUUGCACUGAAGAUGGAAUUGGUAUUCAAGAACAAGCAAUUAAAUUCUAUCAACAAACUAUUUUCGAUGAAAUGUUCCUUUGGAUUUGUGUGGACGAAUGUCAAUAUCAUUGCAUGUGGAAGACAGUUGAUGCAUUUUUAGAUCGAGGAUGGCAAGUUCCACAAUUUUAUGGAAAGUGGCCAUUUGUGAGAUAUUUGGGAAUGCAGGAACCUGCUUCUGUUUUGUUCUCAAUUAUGAAUCUAAUUGCACAUUUAAAAGGAAUUAGAAGACUCCGAAGGGAAGUGCGAAAGGAUAGUCCCUGCUAUAAACUUUGGCACAUUUUCACUUUGGUUUCUCUUAAUGGAUGGACAUGGUCAACAAUCUUUCAUACAAGAGACUUUCCAAUUACUGAACUUUUAGAUUACACAUUUGCUUAUUCUAUAGUUUUAGCAAUGCUUUACUGCAUGAUUAUUCGAAUGAUCCAUAAUCGCUCGAUAAUAAUCCGUGGAAUUGUAACAGCACUCUUUUUGUCCUUCUAUUUAAACUAUUUUGCCUAUCUUAGUGUUGGAAAAUUUAGUUAUUCCUUUAAUAUGGCUACAAAUAUAACAACAGGUGCUCUGUGUGCAUUAGGAUGGUUAAUAUGGUGCUAUUUUGUUCGUAAAAGACGACCAUACUAUCGAAAAAUGGUUCGAUUCCUUGUUCUGUUUGGUAUAUCAAUGAGUUUGGAACUACUUGAUUUUCCGCCAAUCUUAUGGGCUUUUGAUGCACAUUCCCUGUGGCAUUUAGCUACUGUUCCACUAAGUGGAUUGUUUUAUAGUUUUAUCAUCGAGGACUGCCAGAAUCUGCGCAAGGAAAAAAUUCUAGAACAAGGAAAAUACAACAAGCAAAUAUAAAAACGAAAUACCAAAAAAAUUUACAGUUCAUUCCGACGCUAGUCGCGCAUAUACCACGC